AUGAAAGCUCUCAGAUAUGAGAAGCCAGAGGUGCAUGGCCUCGUUGACAUUCCUCUUCCCACCCUCCGUGAGAACGACGUCCUGAUCAAGGUCAAGGCCUGCGGUGUUUGCGGAACGGACCUGCACAUCCACGAGGGAGAGUUCCUGGCCAAGUUCCCUCUUGUCCCUGGUCACGAGACCGUCGGUGUCGUUGCCGCCAUGGGCCCCAAGGUCAAGGGCUUCACCAUCGGAGACCGCGUCGUGGCCGACAACUCAGAGUUGUGCGGCGAGUGCUUCUACUGUCGUCGGGGCGAGGAGCUGCUGUGCGAGCACUUUGAGGCCCACGGCGUCACCAUGAACGGUGGCUUCGCCGAAUACUGUGCCUACCCGGCCGGUCGUGUUUUCAAGAUCAAGAACCUCUCCGACGUUGACGCCACCCUCCUUGAGCCCGCCUCCUGCGCCGCCCACGGCUUGGACAAGAUCGCCCCCAAGAUGGGCUCGUCUGUCCUCCUGUUCGGCGCCGGCCCCACCGGUCUCAUCCUUGCCCAGAUGCUCCGUCAGAAUGGUGGCUGCAAGGUCGUCGUCGCCGCCCCGGAGGGUCUCAAGAUGGACCUGGCCAAGUCGCUCGGUGCCGGUGACGAGUACAUCGCCCUUUCCCGCCAGGACCCUAGUGCCCAGUUCCAGAAGAUCAAGGCCGACAACCCUUAUGGCUUCGACAUCGUCGUUGAGGCCACUGGCAGCGUCAAGAUCCUCGAGGACGCCAUCAACUAUGUCCGUCGCGGCGGUAAGCUCGUCGUUUAUGGCGUGUAUGCCAACAAGGACCGCGUCUCUUGGCCCCCUAGCAAGAUCUUUGGCGAUGAGAUCACCAUCCUCGGUUCCUUCUCCGAGGUGUACAAGUUCCCCGCCGCGAUCGACUACCUCGACUCUGGCAAGGUCAAGGUCGACGGGAUCGUCAACAAGGUCUUCAAGAUCGAGCAGUGGGAGGAGUGCCUCGAGGCGAUGCGCAACAAGUCUGCCAUCAAGGCUGCCAUCACUUUUGAUUAA